AUGGAAGAACACUAUCAAGACUCGAGCCACAACAUUGACGAGCUCAAGCGGUUCCUCUUUCGCCUCCCCGCUGAACAGCAGUUCUACUUUUCCAACCAUACCCGCAAGACCAUCCGCAAACAGCUUUUCCAAGCCAUUUCCUGUGGUGGAAAGUUUCUCCCGUGGUUUUUCCCCAAUGCAUUUCCAGAUCUCCACCUGGCACCAACGGCCGAAGGAAUGUUACAAACGAUCCAUGACGAGUUCGACAGCAGCUACAGUGUCUACUACAAAACGAGUCUCCACAAGCGGGACCCAAAGUUCAAUUCCCAUAAUCACCACGCGUUCCACUCGGGUCUGCCGUGUGCACGUAUCUUCAGAAAAGGUGAGCCGAUUUACCGGUGUUUAACCUGUGGCUACGAUGACACGUGUGCGCUCUGCUCGCACUGUUACGUCCCCGAAGCCCACGCCAACCACAACGUCCAUAUUGCCAUUUCGUUGAGAGAAAACGGUGGGGUGUGCGACUGUGGAGACCCCGAGGCGUGGGUCAACGAGUUUCCUUGCCCCUACGCUUCCAACGACAGAGAGGCAAAUAUACUACGAAAUAGUACCAUGCCAGUGGAGUUGGAGACGGCGUUUCUCCGGACGAUGGAGACCAUUCUUGACUACGUUAUCGAUGUCAUGACCCAUUCCGACCUCCAGUUCACUCCCGCCAACGAGCUCACCAACGACUUUGUGGACUUUUACUCCACAAACAGCGAGUUGGACUCGACUAAGUAUGGGUUCGAUGAUCCCCAGAUUUUCGAUCUCAAUAGUGAAGAGUUUUGCUUGAUGAUAUACAACGACCAGAAUAGACACUAUAGAGAAGCGGUUCAAAGAGUUCGACUAGCCAGCAGAAAAGUCAAAGAGUUUGCCAUCAUGGUGACGGAUAAGGCCCAGGAGUUUGGAAAGGCAAAGGUCGUCACUUCGGUGGAUGUAGACGUUUUGAAGGAAAGACAAAGGAUUCUUGCGGCUACUGGCAUUGCAACUUCUAUAAGAAGCCUGAGAGACGUCUUUAGAGAAGACAUGUGUGAUGAGAUUCUCAACUGGAUUAGCGAACUCACUGAAAGCGAGAUGUUCAAGAUUUCCAAUUCUGUCAAAAAUACUUUUUGUAAAGCAUUUUGCAGAAAGUGGAGAAACGGGUUGAGAGACGAUCCAAAGAUUCACCAGUGGUUGCUUUAUAAUACCGGUUCCCUUGAUUUUUUCAACCAAAUCCCCAAAAUCCCGUCUAGUAGAUUGGAGUCCGACAGGAAUCCAGCUUCUCUGCAUUGGAAGUUUGUCCCCAAAAAAUGGAGGUUGGACCCAAAUAUCUGCAGAGAAUGCGAGUACAACUUGAAUACUGACGAUUAUGACCUUCACAAAAAUCAUAUCGGGUCCCGGCUCCAGUACUUCUGUUACCUUGAUAUUCGGUUCUGGAGAUCGAUCAGACUAUUGUUGCAUGAUAUGUACUCCACAUCGCUUAUCACCAACUUGAAGUAUAAGAACAUUAUUGCUUGUCAGUACGUGGACAUUUAUCCUACUAUUACCGACAUGUUUUUAUUAAAGGACAGAGAACCUGAAUUGAGUCUAAUGUCGACGUUGUCGACCCAAUUGUUCACUUGCCCUUCCAACUCCUCUUCCAUUGUUGAACAUGGGGACUUGGCAAGGAUAUUUGCUGCAAUCUACGGGUUUUUCACCGAUGAUAAAAUCAAGUCUCCUCAAAACGUCGAGGUAACUCACCAAAUUUCUCUCAAGAGCUUGAGGAACCGAAGAUGGGGUCAAAUUUUCUUCGACAUAGGCUACAUUCUAAGCAGAAAUAGGCAUGCUUUUACAGUGCUAUCUCCUGACGUGAUAGCCAUGGCAUGUGACAUAUUGGCUCUUUUCCAAGGAAGACCGGUGUUAAAACGGGAAAGUAAGAACCAUGUGGAGUUUGAAAACCCCGAAUAUAGUUCGUUCUUCCAGUCAGUGCUGGUGAUCUACCAAUUUGCAGAGUCCACCGCUCAUUCCCUUAACAACUUAAAGGAUGUCAGCGAUGAGACCAUCAAAGCGUUGUCGAAAAGAGCCAUUGCAGAUGUUUUCACAUUCCUUCUUAAUUUGGAAGUCAAUAAGUAUCCAGGCUUGACGGACGAGACCAUUGAUGUCAGUUUGGUACCACCGAAAGCAGACGGAACAAGCGAUAACACCAGCAUUGAAAAUUACAGCAUUGACAGUGGGAAAGUUAGUUUUCUUCAUCCCAUCCACUCGUUUGCUUCUUGGUUAUUGGAGUCUUCUUCUUUCAACUGCAUUGAGGUCGUUAGAGAGGUUCUUGACUCUACAUGCUCUCAAUUCUCACAAGCCGAAAAUGUCCAAAUUAGCCCAACUGUCUUUUUUGAGUAUUCGAUAAGGACUAUAGUGCUCAUGUCUCAAAUUAAGUCUGGGCUUUGGGUGAGAAACGGCUUUGGUAUCCGAUCUCAAUUACAGUUGUAUAAAAACACCAGCUUGAGAGAAAGCGGAUACAUGAGAGACCUCUUUAUGAUCCAACUUUUUUCCAAUUUGUACUCCCCAAAGUUGGUUUGUUUCACCAUACUCAAUCGUUGGCAACUAUUGAACGAGGCUGGUGAUGGAACCGCUUUAACAUAUGACUCUAAGACAUUGUCAUAUAUGCUUGAAGAGUGUUUGAACUUUUUCAUUCAUUUAUUGACGGAAGAUCUUUAUCUCCGUAGUUUGCCAGACAAGCAAACUGCUAGAACAAGAAUCGAGACAGAAAUCAUCCAGAACCUAUGCUUUGAACCUGUGAGCUAUACAAAGCUCUGUUCUCAAAUCCCCGACCACAUUGUUAUUGACAAACGGUUCGAUAUUGUUCUUCAUGAGUUGACUAUUUUCACUCCUCCUAAUACUAGUAAGGAUGUUGGAUCUUACAGAUUGAAGGAUAAAUAUUUCGAAAGAGUUAAUCCGUACUACUUCAAUUAUUCUGCUAACACCAGAGAUGAUGCUGUCAAGCUAAUAAAAGAAAAGGUGAGCACUACCAAGAAGAUCAAGAUGUCACAAGCUACUAUUACACCUUGCAUUAGAGAUCCUCUGGAGCUUGGAAUGUAUAAGUACGUGGGAAACUUUUCCAUUUCAAGCUAUUUUGAAGACUUCAUUAUCACGAACUUACUUUACGUGGAGGCUGUGGGAAUUGAGAAAGCUGACUCUCUAUUGGAAACGAUGUUGCAUCUUCUCCAUAUAUGUUCUUAUGAAAGUACCCUUAAUGUGGAAAAGUAUGGCUCUUUCUUCGACGUUAUUGCCAAAGGAACUGAAAAUUCCGUGUAUGCUCCUUUUGGAAACUCGUAUACUAUUGCAAGCUUUUUGUACAAGUUUUUGUCAACCGACUGUUACAAGGAACACCACUCUAAAAUUAGAGCCAUCUUCACUAAUUUUAUCAAAAAGUAUGAUGUUGAUUCUUUAAUGAACUCCUUGAUCGAAGACUAUGAUAACAAUAAGUUGCACGAAAGUGUGCCCGUUCAAAGCCAGGAAAGUGAAAUGGAAGUGAAGAAGAGAAUGGCAAAGGAAAAACAAGCAAAGCUUAUGGCUAAGUUUAAGAAACAGCAGUCUCUGUUUUUGAGGAAGAACAAGAUGAGCAAUAUUGAAACCAGUGAUACAGAACUCGAAGAAGAAGAUACCAUCGGAUGGAGUUUCCCAGAACCUCACUGUAUUCUUUGUCAGGAUACAGCCCAAAAUUCAGGCGCUUUUGGAAUUAUCUCCUAUGUGAGCAAGUCGUCAGAAUUUCGUUCGGUUCCGUUUGACGACAAGUACUGGUUUCUUAAAGCCUUCUCAGAUGGCUGUAACUUGAACGAGGAUGAAACGGAAGUAAACGAAAACAUUUUCACCAGCAACUGGAUGUCCUACAUGGAUAAGAUCAAAGAGGACAAUGUUUUGGGUCCAGGGUUUGCUCUGCGUGAACAUGUUGAUAGCAAGUUGGUAUCUCUGAGCUGUGGGCAUGGAAUGCAUUUCAGUUGUUACUUGAGUUACUUGAACAAUAACCGGAAUCGGCAAAACCAGAUCACAAGAAACUCUCCAGAUAAUCCAGACCACAAAGAGUUUUUGUGUCCUUUGUGUAAAGCCAUCAACAACAUGUUUGUACCGAUAUUGUGGACCAACAACAAGAGACUGAUGUCCGAGUUCUUGAAACCAGGACCAAUAGACAAUGGUGAUUUAUCAGUGUUCGACUCCUUGAAGCAAAUGGAGAUAUCUAGACUGCAAUAUUUCCCAGGGUUUAUGAAAGCUGCAAGAAAGAGCGUUGAAGAAUUUAGUACAUUAUCUCCAAGUGCAAAGAAGGUAAUCGAUAACAUCUUCAGUACAGACACCAAUUCGGACGAUUCCCGGGUAAAGCAGACAUUCAAUAUGCUAUUAUCCAACAUGUCUCUGGUGAUGACUUUCUUCUCAUUUCCUAACUCGUCCAAAGCAGAUGCUCCAAGUAUCUUAGUUAAUACCAUCAAGUCUUUUGAGAUUUCCUUGAGAGGUGAGUCUUCUAAUGGGUUACUUGUUCACAAGCAAUUGACCAACAAUGCAUUGAUCAACCUUAGGUCACUUGCAGAGUUUAGAAACAGUACAUUGUACAUGAAAACAAGAGACUUCCCCGAAGAGGACUCCAGAAAGUACGACGUUUACGUGGGCUUAGUCUCCAAUUUGCUUUCAUUCCACUCCAAUUCGUCAUUCAUUGAAAAAGUGUUGGAACAGGACUUUUUUGAGUUGUUAGUCAAGACUUUCCCUGUUCCUGAAGCGGGCUUUCUGUUUAAUGUGAUCUUACGGGCUACAUUUAUGGCCCAUGUCAUACAAACCAUAUAUUUGAUAUCCAAAAAUAUCUUGUCUCACAACUUUUACCAGUGUCUCGAGUAUACCAUUUUAGAUGUUCCUGUCAUAUCAACAGUGGAUGAAGAAAAAGCUCAUAUGGCAGCACAAGUAUUCAGAAGGGUCAGAAAGUACUUGAUUCCUGAUGACGACGAGGAUAUGAUUGCCAAUGAUAAUAAGUUUGGGUUCAUAUUCUAUUCAAUGCUUUUGAAAGCAUGUACACCAUUUAUACGGAGAGCUACAAUUUACACGUUUGUUUGUUGUGCUGACGAUGGCAAUUACAAUGGACUGGAGGAGAUAUUCUUGGAAGCAGAUCGAUUGUGCGAUGUUGCCGGCAUCGAUAGUGUUCAUACACUAUUACUGAAGUUCUUGUCAAGUACUGGGUCUUUUGAGCAGAAGAAAUUCAAUGCCUUCUUUGAAAAUCUCCAUGGCACUAAUGGUCGGAGUGAGGAUCACCAUGUCUCUUUGGAAUACCCCGGGCAAAUCAAGUUGAUAGACUUACCAGAAAGAUUGGACUUUUUCUUCACCAAAUUCUAUUAUUCUGACAAGUAUGACAAACCUCACACCACAAUUGAGGACCCAGCAGUUUGUUUGUUUUGUGGACAAGUUGUUGAUGUACAGAGGUGUGCCAUUGGUUCUCCUUUAGGAGAAUGCUCUGCUCACCUUUUGAAGGAAUGCCCCAAUAAUAUUGGCAUAUUUCUUCUUCCAAAAGAUAAGGCCAUUCUUCUCUUGCACAAGAAUGGAGGCUCUUUCACUGAGGCCCCAUACUUGGAUCUGCACGGCGAGCUUCCUGUCGAAAGCAAAAGAAGUAAUACUCUUUAUUUGAUGAAGCCUCGAUACAAUGGUUUGAUCCGAAAUGCUUGGUUAAACCACAACAUUCCUAAUCUCAUUGUGAGAAAACUUGAUCAUGUCAUUGAUGCUGGAGGAUGGAACACUUUAUAGUUUUACAAUCAAAUCGUGUGCAUAUAUUUCAUUAAAAUAGUCAUAAAAUUAUCUAGUCAUAAAACUACCAAGCGAAAGGAGCAAAGAAAUCUUCGUAUUCGUCUUCGCUGCUUUCCUCAUCAAGAUUUGUUUCUGCGUUUGCAAAAUUCAAAUUAUUCACACCAGUAGUUGGAGGCACAAAAACACCUUCGACAUUGGUUUGCCUUGAACCGUAUAAAGUUCUGGUCACAAAGCUGUAGAGACCUUGGUUCAACCACAGUUUAUUCAACUCAUUAUAUCGAAACUGAUUAAGAGUGGCUUUUUCGGUACUUACAGGGUUUUUGACUUCACCAUGAGCGGUAAGAUACGGUCCAGGCAUCAAUAAUGUCACUUGCCCGCCUCCAACAUGGGUCACAACUCUGAUAUUGUUCUUAGAAGGAUGGAAAAACACACAGGUGCUACUGGAGCAUUUCCUAGUGUGUUUAUAGUACCUGUUAGUAGAAAGUUGAGCCCCACAAUGGAGACAGAUAUAGUUAUCGUACGUGCCACUUCUUCCUUUCUUAUUGUGGUUAAGAAUACAUGAAAUGUAGUCUUUAGGUAAGUCGAUCAACUUAACUGUUCCCGGGAAAUCAAGAGUCAAUACGCCUGAUUCAAAGUAUUUUGGAAUUUUGGCAUUGAGGAUCACAUCAAAAGUUUUAAACUCGAAGCCUUCAUCUUUGGAGAUGAGGCCUACAAGUUCUUUCAAGGUCGGAAGUUGUAGAUUUUGACACAAGGCAUCGACGCAAUCAAGGCGUCCUUGGGCCCUUAUUUCACCUGGGAGGUCCUGAAUAUCAGGUAUACUAAUGUGGUUGUUGUCUCCUUCAUUGGUGGAAGUCAACACAUCUUUAAAGAUUAUCAACUGCUUCAAAAAUGGAACCAUACACUUCUCAACU